UCCAACGUAGGCCUACUCUUACGACAUGUGACUUCACUGUUUUCCGUUUUUGCUGAAAGAGUCAUUAACAGUAACAAGUUGAUGGCAGUUUCAAUAACAAGUCAUCACGGAGAAAAGGGAUAACACUGUAAUAUGCAGAAAUCUACAAAUUCAGAUACUUCUGUAGAAACACUGAAUUCCACCCGCCAAGGCACUGGAGCUGUGCAGAUGAGAAUCAAAAAUGCCAACAGUCACCAUGAUAGACUGAGCCAAAGUAAAUCCAUGAUCCUCACCGAUGUUGGGAAGGUCACUGAACCUAUAUCCCGACACAGAAGGAAUCAUUCACAGCAUGUCUUGAACGAUGUUAUUCCUCCAUUGGAACAAUUGAUGGUUGAAAAAGAAGGUUAUCUUCAAAAAGCUAAAAUUGCCGAUGGAGGAAAGAAACUAAGGAUAGCUGCUAACUCAAUAAAUUUCUUUCUGACAUGCAUCACCAAUGUUGUAUGCUUUUUAUUCUUAUUUCAUUUUUAUUUACAGAAAACUGGGCACAAACCAGAAAGUGUGGAUUUGUGUGGAGCACAUAUUGAGUGGACCAAGGAAAAAUCAAGCAGAAAGAAUGUCUUUCAGAUCACAACAGCAUCAGGAAAUGAGUUCCUUCUACAGUCAGAUAUUGACUUCAUCAUAUUGGAUUGGUUCCACGCUAUCAAAAAUGCAAUUGACAGAUUGCCAAAGGAUCCAAGCACUCCAUCAAGAAACCUGGAAUUAUUCAAAAUCCAGAGAUCCUCCAGUACUGACUUGCUAAGUCAUUACGAUAAUGAUAUAAAAGAACAGAAACCAGAGCACAGAAAAUCUUUAAUGUUCAGACUGCAUCAUAGUGCUUCCGAUACAAACGACAAAAACCGAGUUAAAAGCAGAUUAAAGAAGUUUAUUACCCGAAGACCUUCCCUGAAAACUCUGCAAGAAAAAGGACUUAUUAAAGAUCAAAUUUUUGGCUCUCAUCUGCACAAAGUGUGUGAACGUGAAAAUUCCACAGUUCCGCGAUUCGUAAAGCAAUGCAUUGAAGCUGUCGAAAAAAGAGGUCUAGAUGUUGAUGGAAUAUAUCGAGUUAGUGGCAAUCUGGCGACAAUACAGAAACUAAGAUUUAUCGUCAACCAAGAAGAGAAGCUGAAUUUGGACGACAGCCAGUGGGAGGACAUCCACGUUGUCACCGGAGCACUGAAGAUGUUUUUCCGGGAGCUGCCUGAGCCGCUCUUCCCUUUCAGCUUCUUUGAGCGGUUUGUGGAAGCGAUCAAAAAACAAGAUAACAACACAAGAAUUGAAACUAUGAAGUCCCUUGUACAAAAACUCCCUCCAUCAAAUCGUGACACCAUGAAAGUCCUCUUUGGACAUCUGACUAAGAUAGUGGACAAAGCCUCCAAGAACCUCAUGUCCACCCAGAGCUUAGGGAUUGUAUUUGGACCCACCCUUCUGCGAGCUGAGAAUGAGACGGGGAACAUGGCGAUACACAUGGUCUACCAGAACCAGAUAGCUGAGCUCAUGCUGAGCGAGUACAAGAAGAUCUUCGGCUCGGAGGAAGACUGACAGACAAGACAAGUUACUGAAUAUGUUCACAUCUGUCUCGAUGCCUAAUAUUUUUACAUUUCUGUAAACAUAUUUCUGAAAUAUUUUUUUUUCCUUUCAAGCAACAGAUGCCUCAUUUUGAGAAAACUUAAUGAUGAUUUUGUGUUUAAGUUCCAAACAUUUGAAUAAAAUAGUUGACAAUAUUUGCCUAUAUGUGUUCUGCAUUAACCCCUUCAGUGCUCUUAUAGAGAGGAUAGCACAUAUCCAAAGAAAUCAUUUUAAUGCUGCUCCCAGGCAUUGGGUGUGUGCUUUUGUGUGUGUAGAUAUGUGAGUGAGUGAGUGAGUGAGUGAGUGAGUGAGUGAGGUUGAGAGUGACCCUUCUCCUUACCUGGCUGCCUCGUGCAUGCUCCCACACUCUUACUUAUAUGUGAGAAGAACCAAAACAUGAGGGGAGGCAGAAAUUAAUAAUUUUUAAAUAGAACAAAUGAGGUCAGGUUCGUAAUGAAAAUAGACAUAUUGGAUUGCUCAAGAACAUUUUUGUAUGUGUAAAUAUAGUCUGAUUAUCCUUGGUGCUAUGUAGUGGAAUGUAUAAAUUCUUGUUGAAUGGAAUUUUUUCUGAAGACAAAUGACAGUUCAAAACAUUUACCAUUGGAUAUGCUCUUUAUAUAUACUAUUUGCAGCCCCAUAAACAUACUGUCUUAUAAAUUAGAGGCAAAAUUAGUGCCCUGCAAUUUUCGUCUUUAUAUUAUACAGGAAUUGCAUGACUGCUCAUUUUUAAUGUUAGCAUCCAUUUUGAAGCUUCAUCAAACUGUAUAUCCUCCUUUUCCCUGGCUAUGUCAUUUUAUGUAGGAUUUUUAUUAUGCUUCUGAGGAUGCUUUAUUGGUGAAUUACAUUAAAUCAAUCUCAAAAAAAAACUUUUUUAGAAGGCAUUUUUUCAAAUGCCCUAAGAAUUCCUUGACUAGACUUGGAUUGCUUUCUCCAUUUGAUGGUUAGUUUCCCUUGUCAUAGAUAAACAAAAGGAUAACUGUCUAGAAUGUAGCAAACAUUGUUUUCUUUUGAAAAGUAUGUUCUAGCUGAACAGAUCUUAGACCCAGCUUUGUGAAUAUAGUCUGCGGAUAAAAAUGUAGACUUAUGUUUGACAGCUUUUUAAUCAAAUUCAAACGGAAUAAAUAAAACUAAUCCAGUGCGAUAAAGAA